GCAGCUGGGGCUUCAGGUGAGACGGACUUUCUAGUUCCUGCCGGUGUGUGUGUCUACUCGUGCCAGGUGCUCAGACCCGAGGGCAGGGGAGGAGGGUAGGCAUCACAGGAGUCUACUGCCCGAAGACUCUCAGGACAAGUGCUGGACGCUGGUUCCAGCCCUCGAGUCUGCUUCUAGCCAGGCCCAGCCCUGCGGGAAUCCCCAGGAGGCCCCAUCUGGGCCUCAAUGGAGCUACGUCUGACGCCCUUGAAGCUGUCCCUGUUGCUGCUGUUGCUGUUGUUGCUGCUGCGCCCGGCUGUGCCCGCCGCGGGAGGGUCCUGGCAGUGCCCGCGCACUCCCUACGCCGCCUCCCGUGACUUUGACGUGGAGUACGUGGUGCCCAGCUUCUCCGUUGGCGGGCCUGUACAGGCCCUGGCAACCUAUGAGGGCGGUGUGGACGGAAAUGCGGUGUUUGUGGCCACACGCAAUCGCCUGCACGUGCUUGGGCCUGGUCUGAAGCCCGUCGAGAGCCUGGCCACGGGCCCUGCCGGGGACCCUGGCUGCCAGACGUGCGCAGCCUGUGGCCCGGCCCCCCACGGCCCCCCGGGGGACACAGAUACAAAGGUGCUGGUGUUGGAGCCAGCACUGCCUGCAUUGGUUAGCUGUGGCUCGAGCCUGCAUGGCCGCUGCUUUCUGCAUGAGCUAGAGCCCAACGGGACCACUCUGCAUCUUGCACCGCCAGUCUGCCUCUUCUCCGCCCACCACAACCGGCCCGAGGACUGCCCUGACUGUGUGGCCAGCCCUCUGGGCACCCUUGUGACCGUGGUUGAGCAGGGCCAUGCCUCCUACUUCUACGUGGCAUCCUCACUAGAUUCAGUGGUGGCGGCGAGCUUCAGCCCACGCUCAGUGUCCAUCCGGCGCCUCAAAGCGGAUGCUUCAGGAUUUGCACCAGGCUUUGCGGCUCUGUCAGUGCUGCCCGCACACCUGGCUUCCUAUCGCAUUCAUUACGUGUACAGCUUCCAUGCAGGAGCCUUCGUCUAUUUCCUGACAGUGCAGCCGGCCAGUGUGGCAGCUCCUCCAGGCGCCUUACACACGCGCCUGGCCCGGCUCAGCGCGGUCGAGACCGAGCUGGGCGACUACCGCGAGCUGGUCCUCAACUGCCAUUUUGCACCUAAACGCCGGCGACGCGGUCCCUCUGAGGGCGGGCAGCCCUACCCGGUUCUGCAGGCAGCCCACACUGCUCCGGUGGGUAGCCGACUGGCUGCUGAGCUGAGCAUCGCCGAGGGCCAGGAAGUACUAUUUGGGGUCUUCACCGCUGGCAGAGACAGCAGCCCCAGUGUGGGUCCCAACUCUGUUGUCUGUGCUUUCCCCAUCAACCUGCUGGACACUCUCAUCGAGCAGGGUGUGGAGCGGUGUUGUGAGCCUCCGGUCCACCCCGGCAUCCGGCGAGGCCUCGACUUCUUCCAGUCGCCCAGCUUGUGCCCCAACUUGCCUAGCCUGGUGGCCCUCAACCCCAAUACCAGCUGCCGCCACUUCCCUCUGCUGGUCAGCAGCAGCCUCUCACGUGUGGACCUAUUCAACGGGCUGUUAGGACCAGUGCAAGUCACUGCGCUGUACGUAACACGCCUCGCCAAUAUCACAGUGGCCCAUAUGGGCACGAUGGAUGGGCGCAUCCUACAGGUGGAGCUGGCCAGGUCUCUCAACUAUUUGCUGUAUGUGUCCAACUUCUCACUGGGCAGCCAUGGGCAACCCAUGCAACAGGAUGUCAGCCGCCUUGGGGACCACCUGCUCUUUGCCUCUGGGGACCAGGUCUUCCAGGUACCUAUCCGGGGCCCUGGCUGCCGCCACUUCCUCACCUGUGGGCGUUGUCUGCGGGCACAGCGUUUCAUGGGUUGUGGCUGGUGUGGGAGCAUGUGUGGCCGGCAGAAGGAGUGUCCUGGCUCCUGGCAACAGGACCAUUGCCCACCCAAGCUUACUGAGUUCUAUCCCCACAGUGGACCCCUAAGGGGCAGCACAAGGCUGACCCUGUGUGGCUCCAACUUCUACCUGCACCCUACCGGUCUGGUGCCUGAGGGCACUCAUCAGGUCACCGUGGGCCAAAGUCCCUGCCGACUGCUGCCCAAGGACAGCUCAAACUUCAGCCCAGUGUCGCGGAAGGACUUUGUAGAAGAGCUUGAGUGUGAGCUGGAGCCCUUGGGCACACAGGCAUCCGGGCCCGCUACCAUCAACCUCACCGUGACCAACAUGCCACCAGGCAAGCACUUCCGGGUAGAUGGCACCUCUGUGCGACAAGGCUUCUCUUUCAUGGAACCAGUGCUAAAGGAAAUACAACCUCUCUUUGGCCCACGGGCAGGGGGCACCCGCCUCACCCUUAAGGGCCAAGGCCUGUCUAUAGGCACCAGCCGGGCCGUGCUGGUCAAUGGGACUGAGUGCCUGCUGGAACGGGUCAGUGAGGGGCAGCUUUUAUGUACCACACCUCCCAGUGCUGCUACGGCCAGCGUUCCCAUUCGCCUGCAGGUAGGGGGUGCCCACGUGCCUGGCUCCUGGACCUUUGACUACCGGGAAGACCCCAUUGUGCUGGGCAUCAGCCCCAACUGUGGCUACACCGGCUCCCACGUCACCAUCCAUGGCCAGCAUCUGACUUCAGUGUGGCACCUAGUGCUGUCAUUUCAAGACGGGCUUAGGGCGGUGGCAAACAGGUGUGAGGGGCAGCUCCCGGAGAAGCAUUGGUGCCGCCUGCCUGAAUACGUGGUCCGAGGCCCGCAGGGGUGGGUGACAGGAAACCUGAGUGUCCAGGGAGAUGGAGCUGCUGGCUUCACACUGCCCGGCUUUCGCUUCCUGCCCUCACCCCGUCCACCCAGCACUGACCUGGCCCCACUGAAGCCCGAGGAGCAUGCCAUUAAGUUCGAAUAUGUUGGGCUAGGAGCUGUGGCUGACUGUGUGGAUGUGAACGUCACCGUGGGUAAUAGGAGGUGUGAUCAUGAGCUCCGGGGCGAUGUGGUCAUCUGCCCUCUGUCCCCUUCCCUGCAACUGGGCAAGAAUGGUGCCCCACUGCAGGUCUGCGUGGAUGGUGACUGUCACAUCCUGGGUAGAGUGGUACGUUCAGGCUCAGAGGGGGCCUCACAGAAGACGCUCCUUGGUGUCUUGCUGGCCCUGGUGCUGUUUAUGGCUAUAUUGGCCCCCAUACUGGUCUUCAGCUACUGGCGGAGGAGACAACGAGCCCUUUCUACAAAACCGGAUGACCCGGCAUCCUUGGAGCAAACCACUGGAGCCAUGUCUCUGCCUAUGCUCCGCUCAGGCUCUGACUACAGAAAUGGCCUUGGUGAGAUGGUGGAGGCGCUAGAAGUUGGGCCCAUCCCCUCUGCUCCACAAGACCCUUACUCCCUCUCCCCCACAGCAGCCCCUGCCAUAGAUGGUCUGGUUUCCACCACUCGUGUCCACAGAGCCUCCUUUUCAGACAACGGGGAUGGAUCCUGUGUCCCACUGCUGCAGACAGAGUCCAUCCAUCUGGGGGUCCUGGACUCUACACUCCUGGCCGAGGUCAAGGAUGUGCUGAUUCCCCACGAGCAAGUGGUCACCCACAGUGACCGAGUCAUUGGCAAAGGCCACUUUGGAGUUGUCUACCAUGGCGAAUACACAGACGAAGCCCAGAAUCGAAUCCACUGUGCCAUUAAGUCGCUGAGUCGCAUCACAGAGAUGCAGGAGGUGGAGGCCUUCCUGCGCGAGGGGCUGAUCAUGCGUGGUCUGCAUCACCCAAACGUGCUGGCUCUCAUCGGCAUUGUGCUACCACCUGAAGGGCUACCCCGUGUGCUGCUGCCCUAUAUGCGCCAUGGAGACCUGCUCCGGUUCAUCCGUUCACCCCAGCGGAACCCCACAGUGAAGGACCUCAUCAGCUUCGGCCUGCAAGUAGCCCGCGGCAUGGAGUACCUGGCAGAGCAGAAGUUUGUGCACAGGGACCUGGCUGCUCGGAACUGCAUGCUAGAUGAGUCAUUCACAGUCAAGGUGGCUGACUUUGGGAUGGCCCGUGGAAUCUUGGACAAGGAAUACUACAGCGUUCAACAGCAGCGCCAUGCUCGCCUACCUGUCAAAUGGAUGGCGCUGGAGAGCCUGCAGACCUACAAAUUCACUACCAAGUCUGAUGUGUGGUCGUUUGGUGUGCUGCUAUGGGAGCUGCUGACACGGGGUGCCCCACCGUACCCCCACAUCGACCCUUUUGACCUCAUUCCCUUCCUGGCUCAGGGUCGUCGCCUUCCCCAGCCUGAGUAUUGCCCCGAUUUUCUGUAUGCAGUGAUGCGGCGCUGCUGGGCGGCGAACCCUGCAGCGCGACCCACCUUUGGAGUGCUAGUGGGAGAAGUAGAGCAAGUGGUGGCCGCUCUGCGUGGGGACCACUACGUGAAGCUGGGCCUUGGUGCCUUGGAAGAGGCAAACGUGCCCCCAGAACAGUUGCCACCCACACCUAUGCACAGGAGCACUGGGAGGACCCGGCCCCUCUCAGAGCCACCAAGGCCCACGUGACCUCAGUCCUAGGCAGGCCCUGAAGGGUUGGACCUGCAUAGCCCUUCCAGGGCAUUAACCCCGGGCUGCCUCUGGGUCAUGCCAGGCCAGGGGGUGGCCUGACCUGCUCCUGCCCUGUCCCUGCUCCUUAACCUUCAGGAGCUAUAAGAGGGGACCAGGGCACAUUGGCCCAUCACUCCACCGAGGGAGCCAGAGAGGGUGAUUCUUGAUGAAAUGAGUAUUUAUGGGGCACCUGUUGUAUGCCUGGGCCACUGGACACAGGGGACUCAGUGGUGACCAGACACUGGCCUGUGACCAGUAAAUGAACAAAUGACUA